AAUCGCUGCUCCUGUAGAAUGCAACAAUUUAGAUAAUAAUUUCUUAAAAGACUGACAAGGCAGAGAGAAGCAAUGCCCUGAAUGUCGCCAUAGAUGGUAUGUGCAAGAAGACCAGAGACCUUCGCAGACAGCUCCGGAAAGCCAUUAUAGAUCACAUCUCAGACUCCUUCUUAGACACCACUGUGCCACUGCUAGUUCUCAUUGAAGCUGCUAAAAAUGGAAGAGAGAAAGAAAUAAAGGAAUAUGCUGCUAUAUUUCGAGAACAUACUAGCAGGCUUGUGGAGGUUGCCAAUCUUGCUUGUUCGUUGUCAACAAAUGAAGAUGGAACGAAAAUUGUCCAAAUGGCAGCGAAUCACAUCGAGACUUUGUGCCCACAGGUUAUUAAUGCUGCUUUAGCUCUUGCUGCCAGACCAAAAAGUCAAGUUGUGAAAAACAACAUGGAGAUGUAUAGGAGUACGUGGGAAAAUCACAUCCGUGUUCUUACUGAAGCUGUGGAUGAUAUAACAAGUAUUGAUGAUUUCCUUGCUGUAUCAGAGAGCCACAUCCUGGAGGACGUGAACCGCUGCAUCGUGGCGCUGCGGGAGCAGGACGCCGAGGGCCUGGACCGCGCCGCGGGCGCCCUUCGCGGCCGCGCCGCCAGGGUCGCGCACGUGGUGGCGGGGGAGAUGGACAACUACGAGCCAGGAGCCUACACCCAGGGCGUCAUGGGGCAUGUGCAGCAUCUCUCUGGGGCUGUGAUUCCGGAGUUUAUUAGUCAAGUAAAUAUUGCAUUGGAGAGCUUAAGCAAGAACACAGUGCAUCUGUUUGAUGACAACCAGUUUGUUGACAUUUCCAAGAAGGUGUAUGAUACGAUUCACAGCAUCAGGUGCUCUGUCAUGAUGAUUCGGACGCCCGAGGAGCUGGAGGAUGUGUCUGACCUGGAGGAGGAGCAGGACGCGCGCAGCCGUACCAGUGUCCAGACCGAGGGCAAGACUGACCGGGCUAAGAUGACUCAACUGCCAGAAGCUGAAAAGGAAAAGAUAGCUGAGCAAGUGGCUGACUUCAAAAAAGUCAAGAGUAAGCUUGAUGCAGAGAUUGAAAUCUGGGAUGAUACCAGCAAUGACAUAAUUGUUCUGGCCAAGAGGAUGUGUGUGAUUAUGAUGGAGAUGACUGACUUCACAAGGGGAAGAGGCCCACUGAAGCACACGUCCGAUGUCAUCAACGCCGCCAAGGUGAUCUCGGAGUCGGGCUCGCGCAUGGACGUCCUGGCACGGCUCAUCGCUGACCAGUGCCCAGACCAGUCGUGCAAACAGGAUUUACUAGCUUACCUGGAGCAGAUCAAGCUAUACUCCCAUCAGCUCAAGAUCUGCAGCCAGGUUAAAGCAGAAAUCCAGAAUCUCGGUGGAGAGCUCAUCAUGUCUGCACUGGACAGUGUCACUUCACUAAUUCAGGCUGCCAAAAAUUUAAUGAAUUCUGUGGUGCAGACAGUGAAGAUGUCCUAUAUUGCAUCCACAAAGAUUAUCAAGAUUCAGAGUCCUACUGGCCCACGGCAUCCAGUUGUGAUGUGGAGAAUGAAGGCUCCAGAAAAGAAGCCCCUGAUAAAAAGAGAGAAGCCAGAAGAAAUCUAUGCUGCUGUCAGAAAAGGUUCUGCAAAGAAGAGAAUCCAUCCUGUUCAAGUCAUGAGUGAAUUCAGAGGCAGAGAAAUAGUCUGAUAUUUUGCCACUAUGUUUUCCUGUCUUGAAUUUCCAAUGAUAUUUCAUCUUCCCCCCACUUACUUAAUAAUUAUAUAUGCCAACGUUUUGCUCUAAAUCUGUAAGAUAACACUUGCUUAAAUUAUUUGAAAAUGCUGUUGCAUUAGUUAGAAGCACACAGUUGAAAAUAAUACUGAUCCUCCUGCAGUGACAAGCUCUGACACAGCUGGGCCCAUGCUGCAGCUGGGAGGGAGGAAUGUGCCAAGUGCCCAAAGCCAGCCUGCUGUCCCCAGGCCUGAGGAGCUCCUUCAGCAGGGCUGAGAGUGGCCCCACUGCAGUGGAUCUGUUUUGUGACACGGGAUUUCUGACAGGUGCUGUUGGGCCAGGUCUCUGAUGGGCAUCGUUGCCCCCAGGUCAGCUGGGCUGCCCAGCUGAGCCUCGAGUCUGAGCCCUAAACCUGGUCCAGACUGCAGCAUCCAAAACUUGUCCUUGGCCAAGCCCACACCUUGGAAUGUAAGCUUGAAAAUGUUUGAUGAAACACCCAAAGUGUUGGAACAACUGGAUGGAGUAAUGUAGUAAAGCACUGACUCUGCAAGCCAGCAGAGGUGACAGCUUUUUAGAAGCAUGAACAGGAAUCUGUGUUCUGCUCCCUGCUCUCUUCCAUGAGCCCAAAUAAAUCUGCUGGCUGUUGUAUUUGGCAGUUCAGAUAAAUCAGACAUUAACUAGAAAAAAAUUUUCCUGAUUGCCACACAAGAGAACUUCGAAAUAAAUAAUUAUUCUGAGACCAGUGUGUGGCCUUGCAUCUUAGGAAUGAGAAGACUUUUCCAAAGCAGCUGUAGGGAAUUAAGUUAGUUCUGACAGACUUCUUAAAUGCAGGACUGUAUUGGUGAGUGCUAAAUGGCUGCACUCAAUGUGUUCAAUGAAGGUAAAUCCAGCUGGUCCAGAGCUCUGCAAUGUACUUAAGAAAAACUAGUUUUUUUUAAAUAGUUUUGAAUUUGAAAUCCACUUGGACUAAUUUUUUUAGAAGGAUCUAGCUUGUCUUUUUGCCAUGUCAUGAAUUCUUUCCAGGCUACAUUUGUUCCACAAGACAUCUUUGCUUGGCCAUUCCGUAGAUCCUUUGGCAUGGCCUUCUUCAUUUGCUAAGGUGAAAGGGCUCCCUCAAAAGCCAGAGCUACCUGUGUGUCACUGGCUGCCAUUAUGGGAUGGCUCCACAUUCUGGGCCACUGCUCCAGGGUCAUUUAUUACCAUUUAUUACAAGAAUUUGUACGCUAGCACAGCAGUGCCUGACCUGGGCCAGCAUGGACAGCAAGAAUAACCCUAAACUGUGCCUUUCCUCUUGGGGCUGCUAUGUUUGUAAGCUCAGGAUGCUGGGGCAGAGGAAUUUCUAGGCUGUUGGUUAUAAAACCCCAUGAAACUACAGUGCUCAUGAAUUGAAAAUCCUACAGAUCAUUCUUCCACCUUCCCUAACUUUGCAAUCAGUUAAAUGGAACAAAAGGAGAAGUUUGGAAGAAAAUCACCUUUUUCCAACUCCAGUUCCCUCCAGCAUGUUUGCAGCAAGAUGUCAGUAAUGUUUCCUGGCUUUGCUGCUGCUCCCAGGGCUCCAGAGGCAGCAGGUAAGCUGACACAGCCUUGGGAGCUGCUCUGGGGGUGUGACUGUCAUGAAACCCUCCUGUCUCCAGGUUACACCUUUGAUCCUGGUCACCUUUAUGUCAAACAUUUGUAACUAAUGCCUUGGUACCACAUUAUGAAUAAAACAUGUACACCUCUGAGAAGCUGC